GGCCGAAACAGGUCAGUAAAGUCAGUAAAAGUCAGUAUAUUUGGACCUGGUCAGUAAAAGUCAGUAUUUUUGAAAAUCGGUCAGUAUUGUCAGUAUUUUUCGAUUUGCCCAGUGAUGACUGAUGAUAUCUGAGGGCUGCUUUGCACUUUGCAUGCUCUAUAUACACUGGGCACAAAAUUUUUUGUUCCAAGUGUAUGUGGUUGAUCUACGUAGUAUAUAUUGCAGCUGACUUAAAAAAAAAUACUUAUGUACUAAUAUUUUUUUUUAAAUCAGUAUUUCUUUGUUCUAAUUUUGUGUAAUUUAACUCAUGCAUGUUUGUUACAGCUUCAUACUGGUGAUUUGUUAAUGUGUGUACCUUGCCUGUGUGUGUGCUUUAAUUUAUCACUAACAAAAUAAUAGACUCUAUCUCUAUACAUAUCAAAACAAGUAAUUAUGGGUAAGUGCAAAUUUAAUGAAGACUGGCUUAAAAAAAAGAUAAAAAUGGACAUAUUGUGUGUGAGUGGGGAAAAAAAGAGGACAGUGAUACAGGUUUUUUUUGUUUUGUGUGUCUUAAAAAGUUUUCGAUUGCUUGGGGCUUUGAAGCUAUCGAACAACACGCAUCAACACAAAAACACAAGGAACAGUGUAAAGUAAAGUUGACAGCAUCUCAAUUGCAUAUGACAAGUUUGCGACCCAAUGAAAAACCCAUCGAAGAACAACCAAGUACUUCUAAACCUGAAAAUAGCCAAAGAAGUUGUGUACAAUUAUAUAGUGUCAAAGAUGGGGUCACAAGAGCAGAAAUUUUGUGGGCUAUGAAAAUGGUGGUCUCUGAUUUUCCAAUAGAGCCCUCAUGCGAUUCUAUAAAGGAACUAUUUUCAGCUAUGUUUCCAAAUUCACUACCAUCAGAUUUUUCUAUGUCUACUACCAAAGCAAGAUAUUUAAUUUGUGAUGCUAUAGCUCCAUAUUUUAGGCAAGAAAUGAUGAAGGACUACAAAGACUCCUAUUUUUCGCUAUGUUUCGAUGAAACCUGCAAUGCAGCAUCAAAAAAGGAGCUUCAGGUGGCCAUAAAAUAUUGGUCUCCGAUUAAAGAAAUGAUAAUAACGACACAUUUAGAAACUUUCUUCAUUGGUAAAGCUACCGCCGAGGAUAUUUAUUCUAAGCUGAAUGAAGCAAUGGACAACGCUCAACUAUCCCGCAAAAGGCUUCUGAUGCUAGGCUGUGACGGGCCCAAUGUGAAUAAAGCGGUUACAAGAUUGAUGAACGAUUCUUUAAUUCUGUUGGGCAGACGGAAAUUAGCUGAUAUAGGAACAUGUAACAUUCACACUGUACACAAUGCCUUUCUUAAGGCUUUGAUGGAGUUUGGUGAAAGCGUAUCUGACUUUAUAUUUCAAAUUCACAACUUUUUCGAUGGUUGGCCUGCUCGCUGGGAAGAAUAUGAAAUUAUUCAAGACAAGUUAAAUUUGCCAAACCAUCGCUUCAUUAAGCACGUUUCUUCACGUUGGCUCACUAUGGGGCCUGCUGCUGAACGCGUUUUAGAGCAAUGGCCUGCAAUAAUUGAGUAUUUCACUAAACAUCUACCUAAAAAACAGACUAAUACAUCCCAAAACUUUAAAAACAUCUAUAACUUCAUCAAUCAAAAGCUAGCAAAAGCAGAAAUAAUGUUUGUAGUGUCCAGUGUAAAGAUGUUCGUGAAAGUCACUGGUUUCUUCCAGCGUGAAGAGCCAUUGGUUCACAUGAUUCAUGAAGAAUUAAAGAAACUCGUGAGAACCAUUUUUAAUCGGUUUUGUGUAAAAAGCGCGCCUACGUCAGUUGAAGGUCUAAAUGAAAAAUAUUACGUUCCUCUUCAAGAUAUUGUGCUAGAAGAUUCAAUCAGAGAAUUAUUGGAGACCGCUCAAGAACGUGAUAGAGUAACAUUUUUACACAAAGUAAAAAAUCAUUACGUCGCCGCUUGCAAACAUCUGCUAACAAAAACGUCAAUGGAUUAUUCUUUAAUAAAAUACUUGGCAAUAUUGAACCCUAAAAAACAAAAUUCAGAAACGUGUCAUAAAGACUUUUUAAAAAUUGCAAACACUUUGCCGGUUGCGUUUGAAGAAACGGCACUAACAAACGAAUGUCUUUUGUUAAUGCAACAUCAAAAAGGAAAUCAAGAAGAACAAAGGAUUGAAACUUACUGGGGCAAUAUUUUUAAAAGGACCUUUGAUAACGGAGAAAAAAUGUUCCCCAACCUGGAACACAUUGUAAAGGCCGCAUUAGCACUGUCGCAUGGCAAUGCAGAUGUGGAAAGGGGCUUUUCAUGUUCGGGUAGAAUUUUAACACCAGAAAGGGCUAACAUGUGUCAGAGGACCCUUGAUGCGCAUUUGACAGUUAAAUCGGCACAAAAAAACAUGUACGAAAACAAGAUUCAUUUAGUCCCUUUAACACCUGAAUUGAUGAAAUUAGCCAGAACGGCAUAUAUAAGAUAUAAAACAUAUUGUGAAGAACAGAAGCAAAAAGAAGAAAUAAAGAAGCUCGAAAAGAAAAGAAAUGAGGAACUUGAUAGAGAAAAAAAAGAACUUAAGAGAAAGUACGAAGAAACUAAGACGAUUAUUGAAGAAGGUGAGACAACGCUAAAAAAAUAAGAGAAGAAGAAAAAACUAAGAGGGAGACAAUUGACAGAUUAAUUAAAAAUGCAAAUGCCAUGUUGAAGGGCGGAAUCAAAGAAAAAGACAUGGUUUCCGUAAAUAUGGCAAAAUCUCUGCUAGAAACUGUAGUAAAGGAGAGAAAAGAAGAAGAACAACAAAUACAAGAGGAAGAAAAAAUACAAAAAAUCGUAGAUAAGAAGAAAAAAACACUUAUAACAAACUUCUUUAAGAAAACUUAAUUUUAAAUGUUAUGUUUAUUUUAAUGGAACUUCUCUGUACUUUUUUUCUUUCUCAUAGUCAUUUGAUUUUAGUGUUCACUAUAUGUAUAAUUUUGCACGAAUGCGCAUGACUCACUUGUAAUACAAUAACAAUUACUAACAAUAAAAAAAGUUUUUUAACACAAUAAAAAGGCGGUGCUGGUUGGCUAUGGGGAUGGUGGAGGCCAAUAACUGAAAAUAAGCUUUUUAUUUCACACCAUUCACCCGAAAAACGGUUUGGAAAUGGUCAGUAUUUGGUCAGUAUUUUUGAAUUUUUGGUCAGUAAAAUCAGUAUUUUCGACCAUAGAACUUGUU